AUGCAGCUUGUUCAGUUCUGUAAAAGGAUCGACCGUGCGGUCACGCACAAGCCGGCCGACCACUGGAUCGGCUACAUCGUUGCCAUAUCCGGCGCUCUCAUGCAGAUGAUGAGCUACGGCAUCGAUAACAGCUUUUCUAUCUUCAGCAACAGCAUGCAGAACGACCCCACCCUCGGCUACCCCAGCGCGACAAUGGUGAGCUUUGGCAAUUCCGUCUCCCUCGGCCUCUCGCCUAUCUUCGGUGUCUUGGCCGGCUUCCUCGUCGAUCGCGUCCCGCCCCGUGUGAUGAUGUUUCUCUCUACCGUGAUGCUGUUCGCAGGCCUGUGGCUCAGCUCUUCCUUUGCGAAGAGCUCCGCGCAGGUGACGGCGGCCUACUCGCUGCUCGCCUCCAUCUCCUCGGCCUUCAUGCUGUCUCCCGGCGCGGCGGCGACGAGUUCGUGGUUCCGGCGUCGUCUCGGCCUCGGCCAGGGCAUCAACUUCUGCGGCGGCGGCAUCGGCAGCGCGGUCGUGCCGGCGGUGCUUGGCAGCCUGGUGGACGUCUACGGCUGGCGUAAGACCUUCCGCCUCAUGUCCGCCUUCUGCUCCAUCGGCCUCGUCGGCACCUUUCUCUCGUGCCGCCGGCACCCCAUCGAGGACGACGUCGAGGUGGAGCCGCGCGACCGCCGCAGCAGCCACUCCGAGGCCGACACGGCGGUGAGUAGCAGCUACGACGACCAGCCCGACCACGCGGAGCACGCCGUGCUCAACGUGGACCCGAACAACCAGCGCGAGACGCCAGAGCUGAUGUUGGACGAGGGCGUGGCGGCGGCGUCAGAUAUUCCGACGAAGCCGAAACCCAGCGGCAACGCCGCCGGCACCGUCAUGUCACCUGUCAGCAAUGCAGAGAGCAACCGGACCCCUCGUGACACACGCAACUGCACGGUGGAUGAGCUGAUUGAGGACAUGCACACCCGCCGCCUGCGCUGGCCCGAGAUAUUCUGCGUCUUCUUCUCCGUCCGCUUCCUCAGCCACUUCUUCAUGUUCGCCAUCUACGGCUGGGCCUUCUAUGGGUUGAUCUAUGUUGCCGUGCCGUACGUGUCGUCCAUGGGAGCGGCGGGCACGGUGUACGCGGACGUCACACCCAUCUCCACCUCGAAGGCCUCGACUGUGUUCACCUUCUGGGGCUCGUUUCAGAUCAUCGGCUCCGUCCUCAUCGGCGCCCUCGCCUCCAUCACGACGGACGCCUUCGCCUACACGAUCUGCGCCUCCGUGGGUGGGGUGUCGACGGCGCUGCUCAUCUUCUGCCGCGGCUACGCUGCCUUCGCCGUGUGCUGGAGUAUUGUGGGCUUCUGCACGGCCGGCGUCUUCGCCAUGAUGCCCGCCCUCAUCGCGCGCGACUUCCAUGGGCCCAACCUGGGCUUCUUCAUGGGCUGCGUCUUUGUGGCUGGCUGCCUCGGCGGCUUCUCUGCUCCGCCCAUUCAGGCGCAGCUGCAGACGCGCUACCACGGCAACUACUCCUACGGCUGCGUCUUCAUCAGCUGCUGCAUGACGUUCCCUGGUGUGCUGUGCUACCUGUUCCUCUGGCCGGAGAAGCAGAGCCGCGUCGGACGAGCGUUCAAGCGCUUGGUGAAGCAGGUGUAG